AUGACUGAGAAAGUGAGAUUGGUAAGGGAUCGUUUGAAAGCGGCACAGGAUCGUUUGAAGUCUUACGCUGAUUUAAAGCGACGACUAGAAGAGUUCAUCGUGGGCGAACGGGUGGCAUAUCAGUUACCCCUUCCAAAUUCCUUGGAAAAGGUACACGACGUAUUUCAUGUGUCGCAGCUUAACCGAUAUCAUGCUAUAGCUUCUCAUGUCUUAGAUCCCGAACCUUUAGAUUUGGAUACAUCCUUGUCUUACUCUGAGCAACUGGUUAGAAUCUUGGACACGAAGGUCCGUAGUACAUGGGAAGCGGCUACAUGGGAAACGGAGGACUCUAUGCGAGCAAAGUACCCUCAUCUCUUUCAGAAUGCUAACGAUCCCAGAAAAAAGUCUUUUAUAGAGUCCAAAGAGUGA